AUGAAGAAUAGCAAAGAAACGGCCGAACUUCUUAUUUCACAUGGUGUAAAUGUCGAUGAAAAAGAUAAUGAUGGAAAAACCUCUCUUUAUGUUACAGCAAUAAAUGAUAGCUUAGAAACGGCCGAACUUCUUAUUUCACACGGUGCAAAUGUCAAUGAAAAAGAUAAUAAUGGACAAACCUCUCUUCAUGCUGCAGCACAAUAUAAUAAAAAAGAAACUGCAGAAGUUCUUAUUUCACAUGGUGCAAAUAUCAAUGAAAAAGAUAAUAAUGGACAAACUGCUUUUCAUUAUGCAGCAAGAAAUAAUAGCAAAGAAACGGCCGAGCUUCUUAUUUCUCAUGGUGCAAAUUUCAAUGAAAAAGAUGACUAUGGAGCCACCGCUCUUCAUUAUGCAGCAAUGAAGAAUAGCAAAGAAACGGCCGAACUUCUUAUUUCACAUGGUGUAAAUGUCGAUGAAAAAGAUAAUGAUGGAAAAACCUCUCUUCAUUAUGCAGCAAUAAAUGAUAGCUUAGAAGCGGCCGAGCUUCUUAUUUUACAUGGUACAAAUGUCGAUGAAAAAGAUAAUAAUGGACAAACCUCUCUUCAUGCUGCAGCACAAUAUAAUAAAAAAGAAACUGCAGAAGUUCUUAUUUCACAUGGUGCAAAUGUCGAUGAAAAAGAUAAUAAUGGACAAACUGCUCUUCAUGCUGCAGCACUGAAUAAUAGCUUAGAAACAGCCGAACUUCUUAUUUCGCAUGGUGUAAAUAUUAAUGAAAAAGAUAAUGACGAACAAACCUCUCUUCAUUAUGCAGCAAUAAAUGAUAGCUUAGAAGCGGCCGAGCUUCUUAUUUCACACGGUGCAAAUAUCAAUGAAAAAGAUAAUGAUGGGCACACCUCUCUUCAUGUUGCAGAAAUGAAGAAUAGCAAAGAAACGGCCGAACUUCUUAUUUCUCAUGGUGCAAAUAUCGAUGAAAAAGAUAAUGAUGGAAAAACCUCUCUUCAUUAUGCAGCACAAUAUAAUAAAAAAGAAACUGCAGAAGUUCUUAUUUCACAUGGUGCAAAUGUCGAUGAAAAAGAUAAUAAUGGACAAACUGCUCUUCAUGCUGCAGCACUGAAUAAUAGCUUAGAAACAGCCGAACUUCUUAUUUCACACGGUGCAAAUGUCAAUGAAAAAGAUAAUAAUGGACAAACCUCUCUUCAUGCUGCAGCACAAUAUAAUAAAAAAGAAACUGCAGAAGUUCUUAUUUCACAUGGUGCAAAUAUCAAUGAAAAAGAUAAUAAUGGACAAACUGCUUUUCAUUAUGCAGCAAGAAAUAAUAGCAAAGAAACGGCCGAGCUUCUUAUUUCUCAUGGUGCAAAUUUCAAUGAAAAAGAUGACUAUGGAGCCACCGCUCUUCAUUAUGCAGCAAUGAAGAAUAGCAAAGAAACGGCCGAACUUCUUAUUUCACAUGGUGUAAAUGUCGAUGAAAAAGAUAAUGAUGGAAAAACCUCUCUUCAUUAUGCAGCAAUAAAUGAUAGCUUAGAAGCGGCCGAGCUUCUUAUUUUACAUGGUACAAAUGUCGAUGAAAAAGAUAAUAAUGGACAAACCUCUCUUCAUGCUGCAGCACAAUAUAAUAAAAAAGAAACUGCAGAAGUUCUUAUUUCACAUGGUGCAAAUGUCGAUGAAAAAGAUAAUAAUGGACAAACUGCUCUUCAUGCUGCAGCACUGAAUAAUAGCUUAGAAACAGCCGAACUUCUUAUUUCGCAUGGUGUAAAUAUUAAUGAAAAAGAUAAUGACGAACAAACCUCUCUUCAUUAUGCAGCAAUAAAUGAUAGCUUAGAAGCGGCCGAGCUUCUUAUUUCACACGGUGCAAAUAUCAAUGAAAAAGAUAAUGAUGGGCACACCUCUCUUCAUGUUGCAGAAAUGAAGAAUAGCAAAGAAACGGCCGAACUUCUUAUUUCACAUGGUGUAAAUGUCGAUGAAAAA